ACUUUAUAUUUUCGAAAAUACAAGUUCGAGAAUAUUUUAAUUAUCUUCAGUUGAUCCAAAGUCAACUUCUUAUAUUACCCUAAAUUGGAAAAGAAAUGACUUUUUUUCAUUUUAUAAAUUGUGUUGCUGUGUCGUACGUUCCUUAUGUACUAAUAUACAGAACAUCCGGGCUGCAAGAGUACAGCGUUUUUUGGAAAUGUGUUCAGGCAGGAGCAGCUUAUUUGUUUACACAAUUGUGUAAAAUGCUCGUAUUAGCAACAUUUUUCCCCGUAUACGAUUCAUCUUCAUCUUUUGACUUUGUCGGCGAAUUAAUGAAAUGCACCAUUGAUAUAGCUGACUUAGUUGGUCUUCAUUUGGUAAUGACAAAAUUAGUUGCUAAAGGUCAAAUGAAAUUUUUGGUUGCUGGUCUUGGAUGGGCAGGAGCAGAGCUACUUGUUACACGCUUUAUACCUUUGUGGGUCGGAGCUAGAGGGGUUGAAUUUGACUGGAAGUACAUGCAAAUGAGCUUUGAGAGCAAUAUCAAUUUGAUACACAACGUGAUUGUUGCUACUUUGGUUUGGCUAUAUUCUCGUUAUUAUUUACAUAAAGCACUCUUACCUCUUGUAGUAGGCUUUCUGUUUUUGUCUGUUUAUCGCCCUAUAGUUAUACAAAUUUUGAUACAAUGUUUCAGUCUGGGAUCUUGGAGUUUACUUCUGUCAAAAGCUUUAUUUACUCUUUCUAUUGGCCUAAUUACAUUAGAAAUUUAUCUCACCCAAUCUACCGAAUCGAACUCCUAUCACUAG